GACUCUUCGGUAAAAAUGUGAAAAUGGCGGAGCUACAGAUGCUACUGGAGGAGGAGAUCCCGGCGGGGCGCAGCGCUCUGCUGGACAGCUUCACCAACUUGGAAAGAGUCGCGGAGUAUUGCGAGAGCAACUAUGUCCAGUCUCCAGACAAGCAGAGGGCCCUGGAGGAGACCAAGAACUACACCACCCAGUCCCUGGCCAGCGUGGCCUACCUGAUCAACACGCUGGCCAACAACGUGCUGCAGAUGCUCGACAUCCAGGCCUCGCAGCUGCGCCGCAUGGAGUCCUCCAUCAACCACAUCUCACAGACUGUGGACAUCCAUAAAGAGAAGGUUGCUCGUCGGGAGAUCGGCAUCCUCACCACCAACAAAAACACCUCCCGCACACACAAGAUCAUCGCCCCGGCCAACCCCGAGAGGCCCGUGCGCUACAUCCGCAAACCCAUCGACUACAGCCUGCUGGACGACAUGGGCCACGGAGUCAAGUGGUUGCAAAGGUUCAAGGCCAGCGCUCAGAACAUGAAGGCCGGAGGAGGCGCGCUCCCACGGACCAACCCCCCAACACAGAAGCCCCCCAGUCCGCCCAUGUCGGGGAAAGGGACCCUUGGGCGCCACUCCCCCUAUAGGACGCUCGAGCCGGUGCGUCCGCCUGUUGUCCCUAACGACUACGUCUCGAGCCCGAUGCGCAACAUGGCGCCCCCCCAGCAGAGCCCUGCACGCACUGCAUCUGUUAAUCAGAGGAACCGCACGUACAGCAGCGGCAGCAGUGGAGGCAGCCACCCCAGCAGCAGUCGCAGCAGCAGCCGGGAAAACAGCGGCAGCGGCAGCGUGGGCGUUCCCAUCGCCGUGCCAACCCCGGCCCCGCCCACCGCCUUCCCAGCCCCAGGUUCUGGCCCUGUCUCCUCCAACUCGUCAAAACCUCCCCCCAACACUGCCACGACUCCUGGCCCCCCUUCCUCUGUCCUAGACCCCCCCUCACAGGCUCCUAACCUCCCUGUAGAGAUCCCGCCUGUACCCCCACCCCCUCCCCAGCUCCCCGCCUCUUCGGCCCCCACUGGCACAGGCAAUGCUGCUUAUGGCAACGCUGCACAAGGUGCGCCUCAGUUCUACAGCAUGAACCGCCCGAUGCAGCAGCCGCAGCAGCCUCAGAACGCCCCGGUGGGGGGUUCCCUGCCGUACCGCCGACCGUCGUCCGUCACCGGGCAGCCCGGGGUGGUCCUCACCCAGAGCCAGCUCAACGGGGGGCCGCACUUCACCCAGAACCCAGGCCCUGUUGCCCCGCCCCCCCCCUCCAUGCAGAUCACUCCUCAGCUGCCUCUGAUGGGCUUUGUGGCCCGGGUCCAGGAGACCAUCUCAGACGUGCCACCCCCACCUCCACCUGCAGAAGAGCCCGUUUUUGAGGAGCCCACGCCGCCGCCCCCGCCCCCCGAAGACUACGAGGACGAGGAGGACGAGGAGGAGUCGGCCGUGGUGGAGUACAGCGACCCGUACGCCGAGGAGGACCCGCCCUGGGCGCCACGCAGCUACAUGGAGAAAGUGGUGGCCAUCUACGACUACGCCCGGGACAAGGACGACGAGCUGUCGUUCCAGGAGGGCGCCAUCAUCUACGUGAUCAAGAAGAACGACGACGGCUGGUACGAGGGCGUGAUGAACGGCACCACGGGCCUCUUCCCCGGCAACUACGUGGAGUCCAUCAUGCACUACGCCGACUGAACAACCCCAGCAGAGCAGGAGGAAGUGGAGGGAGAGACUUUGAGACGGCAUGGUCCCCUCUGGGCCAAGAGGGAGGUGGAGGACAAACCGCCACCACUCCAAGCAGAUCCCUCUUUCUUCAUUGGACAGAGGAGGACUGGACUACUCUGUGUUCCACUUUGCGCUCACUACAUCCUUUUUUUGGCUUCAUUUUGUUGGCGUUGAACCUAUUUGCCCUUACUUUAAACACUAUUUAUUGGUGGAUGUGGGGCUGAGCGAGCACUGGAGGAAACUCCCAUGCCUUCCUGAGAGCAGUGAGCACACCAGAGCUCACUAAAAGCACACCAGAGGACACCCCGGCUCCCUCAGAGCACUCCCAGUCCGCAGGCCAGCUGAGAGGCGUUCCUCCGAGCGGAGACCCUCGGCUGCACGCUGGCCUGGAUAUUGAAGUCUUACUCUGCUGCUCCCAUCAUGAAUAAUAGAAGUGAGAUUGCGUAACUGCCCCCCUCCCCCCAAAAUAAAAAAAAAAAAAAAAAAAAAAGAAGCAAGUAUUGCAAAGCAGUAGACUGCAUGUUUCAGUGAGGGGAAAAACAUUUAUUUUCUGGUCUAUUGAUGAUUAAUGUCUUAAUAUUUUGGUGUGGUUUGGUUUUCGAUCUUCACCCACUGAAAACAGUGCAUUUAGCUCCUUCCUAAGAUGCUCGUGCCAUAUUGAAGUGUGUGUUGCUGUUCAGAGGUCAUCACUCCAUUUGCAAUAAAUUGGCCAGAGUGAGGUUCUUGCUCUACAAAUCUUUACUUUUUCCAGGUUUCUUUUGGAGUUCUUUUAAACCAGAAGCACAUACAUUUGUAGUUAAAAGGUGUUGAAGAAAUAUAAAUGUGAGAUGUAUUAUGCCCUCACUUUGGGACUUAUUGAAUAUGAAAAAGAAGCCAGCUGUUGUGUUGAAAUGGUUUUAACCAUCACAAGCCCCUUAUACUUAAA